GGGGCUCAGUUGAAAAUGGAAUUGCAAUCUUGUUGGUACAGCUCCAAGCUAAUUAAACAGUGGCCAAGUAUUUUCAUUGGCUUAGUCACAGUUUUUAUUAUUAAAUAUAUAUUCAAAAAUUGGAUAGCUCAGAAGAAACACAUAGAACUAGAUGGACAAGAUGACAUUGCAGUUGAAUCCACUGAAGCGGAAAAUAGUGGUCUACAGCCGGCUUUGGAUGAGAAACCACACGUAACUUAUCAUCCUGGCGAGUCUCUCAAUCCCCAAGGUGCUCGACGCUUCUACGAUCUAGUGCGUGGACGUCGCAGCAUACGAUCUUUUAAUCCCACAAAGAAGCCCGACAUCAGCCUAAUCGAAGAUUGCAUACGAGCAGCUGGAACAGCUCCAAGUGGGGCACACACUGAACCCUGGACAUUUUGUGUCGUCGAGGAUGGCGAGAUGAAGCAAUCCAUCCGAGAAAUCGUAGAACAUGAAGAGCGGAUCAACUAUAGCACACGGAUGAAUGCCCAGUGGGUGACGGAUUUGCGGCCAUUGCAAACGAAGCCCAUUAAGCAGUAUUUAACUGAUGCUCCAUACCUAAUUGUGAUGUUUAAGCAAACUCAUGGCACAACUGCUGAGGGUCGGAGGAAAAUGCAUUACUAUAACGAAAUUUCCACCUCCAUAGCAGCGGGAAUAUUGCUUUGUGCUCUCCAAGCGGCUGGACUCUGUUCUCUAGUCACAACGCCCUUGAAUUGUGGGUCAGCACUUAGAAACUUGCUCCAAAGACCAAUUAAUGAAAAACUCUUGGUGUUGCUUCCAGUGGGUUAUGCUGCUGAUGGUUGUCUUGUGCCAGAUUUAAAGCGUAAAAAUCUUACGGACAUUAUGGUAAAAUACUAAAAUAC